AUGGUGCCGUGAGGGGCCGCCAUAGCCGCGGCCAUGGCGCCGCCCGCGCCGGCCCCCUCACGCGUCUUCGCCGAGCUCGACCUGGCCCCGUCCCCGGUCCCGGAGGGACGCGUCGGGACCCCGGUGCUGCCCGGGCGGGAGGUGCAUGUGAGCGGCAGCGCGGAGCUGAGCGCCCGCCCGGACCGGGCACGGGUGUCGAUGCGGCUCGGCAGCCGCAAGGAGGCGGCCGCGGAGGCGCGGAGCAGUGUGUCCCGCCGGCUGCAGUACAUCGCCCACAGCGCCCGCCUGCGCGGCGUCCCGGAAGAAAAUAUGACAGUAACAGAAGAUUUUAGUAGAGUAGAAAAUACUUACCAAAUGGAAGCAGAGGUCUGUAUCAUAUUCAGUGAUUUUGGAAAAAUGCAGAAUGUUUGCAAUCUACUCACUGAAAAGUUAGGAACCUCUGUUACCAUCAGUCCACCUCAUUUCUACCAUACACCAGAAGCCAUAGACACCCUUCGGUUACUCCCCAUGUGCUUGAGCAACGAUUUUCAGUGCAAGAGCCAGAAAGAAACCAGCCCUGUAUGCUCUGUCAUGACUCAGAGGUGGGCAAAGAAGAGGCCAAAGCCUGAGGAAAAUUACAACUUCAUACAUUAGCAUGCAAGAAAAAAUAAACAAUCCUGACCAUAACACAAUUUCAGAUGAUCUGCUCUUUCUUAAGACAAUGUUUAUGUGAAUUUUCUAGUAUUUUUACCCAAAUAAUCACUAUUUCCCUUGUAAACUUAAUAGAGCAAAAGAGUUUAACAUGAACACACAUUUUACAAACACUUUACAAGCAUUAAACGGCAUAAAAGUUUUGAGUUCUAUAUAUUUAAUCUUCCUCUAUGUAUUUGUGCAUGCAGAUAAAUUGGUGUCCGUGAAGGACAGCAACAUUACAGACUGCACAAAGACCCAGCUCCUCAUGUUGAGAUUCUAGCUGGGUAAAAGUAGGCAGUGUAUUGAGAGGUGAUCACUAAUUAAGGACUUCUAAGUAGCUCUUUUUUUUUGUUUAAGUUCUUGGCAGCUGUAUUCCAUUUUUUAUCAGUUCAUGGAAGCUUACUCAAUCUUCCUUAAUAAUUAAGAGAAUUCAAGUUUUGAAUAAGAUGCUCAAAUUUCAAAAAAAUAACCCCACUAGAUUUCUCUGCUACAAAAUAUAAAUACAGUAAUUCUUUCUAAUAUUUUAAUUAUGUUCUAACCAGGUUUGCAUUUUAAGUUAUUAUCUUUAUUAUUUUGAAUAUCCUUGUUCAAAGUCAGGUUCGGAGAUCUGAGACAAAACACAAAUUAACAGCUGAGGUUGCCUGGCUCUUGAAUGCUAACAUUCUUUGAAGUCAUUACCUCCAGGAACAAGCCUCUGCAGAAAUUUGAUGCUGAAUGAGUUGGUUACCUGCCUCUGCUCUUGCUUUCUCCUUCUUGGUUUUUUUGUUUUGGGGUUUUUUUGGGUUGUUUUUUUUGUGGUUUUUUUGUUGCUUUUUUUGGA